AUGAGGACUCAUACUUCUCAUUCCAUAGUCAAUUCCCAGACAAAGAACUCACAAUUGCCGACAGCAGCAGCAGCGGCAGCAGCAGUUGCCGCUGGUUCCAGACUGCCUCUCGACGCCGCAGUCCCCAUCUUCGGCAAGAAGCGACGUCCAAACAAGAAGAAGUCAGAUUUGGAGGAAAUCUACCCCGAUUACCUGAUGCAGGCAUUCUACGGUGACAGCUUGCUCUCGGCAGGAACUAGCGAUACGAGUUCUGCCGACGGGUUGGGAGGCAUGAGCGGCAAGCGAAAACGUCGAAGGCUCUCUUCGACCACUCCUGUGACUGCAAGUAACCGCACGAUAUCAGAUGCCUCUGCAGAUCAAUAUCGGCCUGAGGAGGCACCCGAUCUCAAAAAACCGCUACAACCACAGUCGACCCGGGCGCAGCAGCAACCGCGUUCCUACCUACCACCUCCCCCACCACCAGCCUCAACUUGGCCACCCUUGGGCUUCGUAGGGAUUAACUCGUCCCUGACGCCCUCGCACCAGCAUCCGUGGUGGUCGGCUGCCCCCAACACCAAUGCCACAGCACUACAACGUGGGACUAGGUGGAGGAGUUCACGGCUUGUCCCUAUCGAGCGUCUCUUGUGCUGCAGCAGCCACCGGCAUCCCCACUGCCCCCACACACAGUGGGUGCUUCCACUGGCGACGUAG